AUGUCGACAACCUCGGUCCAGCAGUUCGCCAACUCCUACUCUCCUUUCCCUACUGGAGCGCAUCCAGGUCGAAUGUCGCAGUCUCAAACUUCCGGGCUGGAUACCCUAGCCGAGGGUUCACAAUAUGCUCUGGAACAAUUGCAGCUGGCGCGCGAGGCUGGAAACGCCACUGUGAAUACGAGUGAGACUCCCCUCGCCCGGUCCAAAAACCAGCCGUCCUACCAUGAUGAAAAUAGCGCGGCUCCUGGUUUCAAGAGUCCGUCUCAACGGGAUCCUCUCGCCGACGCUCGUUCUACAAUUCGCAAAGGUUCUACGUCGGCUCCUGUUCGUCGGAGAAUCAGCCGGGCUUGCGAUCAAUGCAAUCAGCUGCGGACCAAAUGCGACGGGCAGAACCCUUGUGCACAUUGCGUUGAUUUCGGAUUGACUUGCGAGUAUGCUCGAGAGCGAAAAAAACGAGGGAAAGCAUCCAAGAGGGAUCUUGCUGCCGCAGCGGCUGCGCCACCAUCGAAUACCGGCUUGGACAGAGAAAGCGCUUCAUCAGGACAGGCACAAUCUCCUUCGGAGGGGCUACAACCACAGGGAAUGAAUGGGCGAUACGAUCCGACAUUUGACGAGGCCACCCGAAAUCUCACUGCGCCUACGCCGUCGCAACUGCGGCAUCCCGAGGUGCCAGGUAUGGUCGGGAUACAAAACUCUCAGCAAACUCAGCAAACUCAGCAACAUGCACAACCACCGAUGGGUGCUGGUAUGGACACACUAUCCUUGAAUGGCUUUGGUGCCUUGAACGAAUCAAAUCGACCUCCGAUGUCCGUCCCAGACCUCCGAUCGCUACAGAUGCUGCACUCAUCUAACACAAACCCCCGGUCGACACUUCUUCCUUCGCAUGGGUUCAACACUGGGUCAUAUCAUGACAAUGCGUACUCUUUGAUGAAUCCGCAGGAGGCAAAUUCGACCUUGAUCAACCAGUUUCGUCUCGGAGGCUCUGCAGAAAAUCCAGCGGCCCCAUUUCUGGGACUCUCACCUCCAGCUCAAUCGCCUGGCUGGCUCCCUCUUCCUUCUCCAUCCCCGGCUAAUUUCCCUUCUUUCAGCAUGCCUCCGUUUUCCAGCGCAUUAAGAUACCCUGUUUUGCAACCGGUUUUGCCUCACAUCGCGUCCAUUAUCCCUCAGUCGCUUGCCUGUGAUCUCCUGGAUGUCUACUUCACAAGCUCUUCCUCUUCUCAUCUAUCACCCCAGUCCCCCUAUGUGGUGGGAUAUAUCUUUCGAAAGCAAUCCUUCCUUCAUCCGACCAAACCAAGGGCAUGUAGUCCCGGCCUCUUGGCCAGCAUGCUCUGGCUGGCCGCUCAAACUAGCGAUGCCGCUUUCUUAACGUCGCCGCCGUCUGCUCGUGGAAGGGUAUGUCAAAAGCUGCUGGAGCUAACAAUCGGCCUGCUCCGGCCGUUGAUCCAUGGUCCCGCCCCCGGGGAGACGUCUCCUAACUAUGCUGCCAAUAUGGUCAUCAAUGGAGUUGCCCUAGGAGGUUUCGGUGUCUCGAUGGAUCAACUUGGAGCCCAAAGCAGUGCGACGGGUGCCGUGGAUGAUGUCGCAACCUACGUUCAUCUGGCCACUGUUGUCUCUGCAAGUGAAUACAAGGCAGCCAGUAUGCGUUGGUGGACUGCCGCCUGGUCUUUGGCGCGAGAAUUGAAGCUGGGCCGGGAAUUACCACCCAAUGCCACUCAGUCACAGCAGGAUGGAGAGCGAGAAGCUGACCCAGAGGCUGAUCUAUCCAAGCGUCAACUACCGUCCGUUAUCACAUCCAUGGCAAACGGCUCAAGUAGCGCAGCUAUCAAUUUCACGGAGGAAGAACGUGAAGAGCGACGGCGCAUUUGGUGGUUGUUGUAUGUGACGGAUCGCCAUCUGGCACUCUGCUACAACCGGCCCCUGACACUGUUGGAUAAGGAAUGUGAAAGGUUAUUACAACCGAUGAACGACGAUCUGUGGCAGGCUGGUGAUUUCCCCAGCGCCAGUUAUCGACAAAUGGGGCCACCUAUAGAGUGCACAGGACACAGCAUGUUCGGGUACUUUUUGCCCUUGAUGACAAUUCUUGGGGAGAUUGUCGACAUGCAACACGCGCGAAACCAUCCUCGGUUUGGCCUCAGCCUCCGCAACAGCAGCGAGUGGGACAAUCAAGUGCGAGAAAUUACCCGUCAGCUGGACCUGUACGGGCAGAGCCUGAAGGAGUUCGAAGCCCGAUAUACCAGCAGCUUAGCAUUGGGAGCAACGGAGAAUGAGGCCGUCAUGGAAGGGCCUCACCUUGACCAUGUUAGUCCAUCUGGGCAUUCGAGCAGCACUGUCGGAUCCCGCAUGAGUCAGUCGAUUGUACAUACCAAGAUGGUGGUCGCAUACGGUACACACAUUAUGCACGUCCUUCAUAUCUGCCUGGCCGGUAAAUGGGAUCCAAUUGACAUGCUAGACGAUGAGGACCUGUGGAUUUCCUCGGAAUCGUUUAUUUCAGCCAUGGGUCAUGCUGUCAGUGCGGCCGAGGCAGCUGCAGAUAUACUGGAAUAUGAUCCAGACCUCAGCUUUAUGCCAUUCUUCUUUGGCAUCUAUCUCUUGCAGGGUAGCUUCUUGUUGUUGUUAACUGCCGACAAGCUACAAGGCGACGCCAGCCCCAGUGUAGUUCGAGCUUGUGAGACGAUUGUUCGUGCGCACGAGGUCUGCGUAGUGACUCUCAACACUGAAUACCAGAGAAAUUUCCGCAAGGUAAUGCGCUCGGCUCUCGCGCAGGUACGCGGGCGUGUGCCCGAAGACUUUGGGGAACAGCAGCAACGCAGGCGAGAAGUACUUGCUCUUUACCGCUGGGCCGGUGAUGGCAGUGGUCUCGCUUUGUGA